CGCCGAGCGCGUCCGUAUAUAUUCAGCCCCCCAUGCCAGCGGGUACAGACUGGCACACUCCGGAGCUGCUCUUCACUCUCAUCCUGGUUCACUAUGGCGACGGAUCACCAAAAUCCUGCAACCAAACAGCCGAAUCCAGGAUCCAGCGCAUUCAAGCUGAUCAUCUACGACCAGGAGAAUUUCCAGGGCCGAUGCCAUGAGCUGACCGGAGCCUGUAACAACCUGCAGGAGGCGGGUGUGGAGAAAGUGGGUUCCAUCCUGGUGCUGUGUGGACCGUGGGUGGGGUAUGAGCAGCCCGGAUGUAAGGGUGAACAGUUUGUGCUGGAGAAGGGUGAAUAUCCUCGCUGGGACUCCUGGACCAACAGCCGCCGCAGUGACUGCAUUCUCGCCUUUCGCCCCAUCAAAGUGGACACCCAGGAGCACAAGAUCGUACUGUACGAGAACCCCAACUUCGCAGGAAAGAAGAUCGAGAUCAUAGACGACGACGUGCCCAGCUUUCACGCCCACGGCUACCAGGAGAAGGUUUCUUCAGUCCGAGUGCAAAGUGGCACCUGGGUGGCAUACCAGUACCCGGGCUACAGAGGCUACCAGUACCUGUUUGAGAAGGGCGAGCACAAGGAGAGCGCCGAGUUCGGGGCUCAGCUCUCUCAGAUCCAAUCGGUGAGGCGUAUCCGCGACAUGCAGUGGCACCAGAGAGGAGCUUUCCACCCCACCAACUGAGCUUCAGCCGAAAACGCCGGGUUCCUCCGGGCACCAGGCCACCACCAUGCCCUGCUUUCAUUACCCAUAAAUGCUGAUACAUUUAAUAUCAGUCAGUGAUUGUUUGCUACUGCUAACGACUAAAUAAAGCCUUACAA